CAGGUGCAGGAGAUUCUCGCGCACCUCCUGGCCGACGCCGCGGCGGGCAUGAUGCGGGCGGCGCCCGAAGUGGCUGCGCCGCAGAGCGACCCCGCGAGCAUGGCGCUGCUCAACAGGUGCCCCUCGUUCCUCCUGGGGGCGCGCGAGCCCGAGCCCUGCGUGGUCUGCAGGGAGCCGAUGCUGCCGCAGGAGCGGUGCCGGCGCCUGCCAUGCCUGCACCUCUUCCACGAGGAGUGCAUAGACCGCUGGGUCCGCGUCAAGCCGACGUGCCCCCUCGACAACAUGCGCCUGGAGGACAUGCUGGCCGCCCAGACCUCUGUCACGUCAGGCGGCGGGGCACCCGCGCGGGGACACCGCUGGGCCCAGGCUGGAACCAGGCCUCGGCUGGGCCCCGACUGUUGGUCCCAAUGGGUUGGUUGGAGGUCCCCUGCGUGGCGCUCUGCAGGCUUUGCCGGCUUUCCCAUCCCAUGAAUGCGAGGCGGCGGCCGGUGAGCGAGACUUUUAUCGGCAGUGGGCCCCUGGGCUCCUGGACCGAUCUGGGGACGCAUCCCCAGCGCUAGUAGGAUUGCGGGCGGCCGUUGCAGAAGCUCGCAGCUGGAGCUAGCCUGCCACAGGCAAGAUAUCCAUGCUGCAGCCACCUCUUCUUGUCUCUACGGGCCUCCUCUGCCUGAGUGGAGGCGGGGGGGCAAGCCAGGCCGAGACGACGGUCUCAAUUGGUAAUUCAGACAGCCUUUCUUUUGCGCCGAAGUUCCCUGCCGAGGUUCCCUCCCAGUAGCAGAAGGGCUGUCAUGAGUUUGGGCUACGGCCAGCACGCUGGAACGAGGGAGGCUCCUUGCUCCUUGGAAAGGUUUUUUCCAGGCAGUAACGGGCGUUCCCGCGGGGGGAGGGGGG